UUUAAGCUUGACAUUAUUUGUUGAAUUUUAAGGAAAUACAUCUCAUGGCUAUGUAACCUCCUUCAUCUCUCUCUCCUAGCCCUGAUCAUGGGGAAGAACAGGCAUGACGGGCAUUUUCUGGUAGCUGAUAUGUGUGCAUGGAUUGUCAGUGUGAUUUUAUUCUGCCUGGCAUAGUUUAGAGCAUUGCAGAGCAGUGACACGGCUUUCUAGAUUAGGGCUUGUGUGCAGAGCCACUGGCGCAUGUUGGAGUCUGAAACCAGCUUGUGAGCCUCGCUUCAUCUGCCGCAGCGGCCAUGAACUUGUGAACCAGGGAAGGUGGAGAGCAGGCCUGGGGUGGGGAUGGGAGGCAACGAUGUUCACUUACACGAAGAAUCCGAGCAAUUGGGUGGCUCUUUCCCCCCACUAUGCACCGUCCAACCAAAGACAAAUGUUCGAGAGUAGUAAAGAGAGGAAGAAAAGCACACUCGAACAUUGAUUUCUGUAUUAACUGGCAGGGGACUUAAAAUCAGACAUGAAGGGCAGCUCAGGACUCCUGUAGAUUUCAGCCACACAGAGCUGACAGCAGGCAUUUUGCUGGUGGCUUCAGUCAGUCACAUUGAGGGUUCGUGCUGCUGUGAGCAGAAGGAAACAGGCACCAUUGGCUAGUAUUCCUUGACAUGAAGAGGAGACAGCACCAUGUUUUUAAAAAUGAAAUCAUGCACCAGGACCUUGUACCGCUUUGCGCCGCUGACAUCCAGGAGCAGCUGAAAAAGCGCUUUGCUUACCUGUCUGGUGGGCGAGGGCAGGACGGGAGCCCGGUCAUCACCUUUCCUGACUACCCUUCCUUCAGUGAGAUCCCGGACAAGGAGUUCCAGAAUGUCAUGACCUAUCUCACCAGCAUCCCCAGCUUGCAAGAUGCUGGCAUCGGAUUCAUCCUAGUCAUUGACCGAAGGCAGGACAAAUGGACCUCAGUGAAGGCGUCAGUAUUGAGAAUCGCUGCGUCUUUCCCAGCAAACCUGCAGCUCGUCCUUGUUCUUCGCCCGACGGGAUUUUUCCAGAGGACUCUCUCUGACAUCGCCUUCAAGUUCAACAGAGAUGACUUUAAGAUGAAGGUGCCGGUCAUAAUGCUGAGCUCUGUGCCAGAACUACACGGCUACAUUGAUAAGUCACAGCUGACGGAGGACCUCGGGGGGACCCUGGACUAUUGCCACUCCCGGUGGCUGUGCCACCGCACGGCUAUCGAAAGCUUCGCCCUGAUGGUGAAGCAGACAGCUCAGAUGCUACAGGCCUUCGGGACCGAGCUGGCUGAAACGGAGCUGCCCAAUGACGUCCAGUCAACGAGCUCAGUGCUCAGCGCGCACACAGAGAAGAAGGACAAGGCAAAGGAGGACCUACAGCUGGCGCUGAAGGAGGGGAGCAGCAUCCUCGAGAGCCUCAGGGAGCCGCUGGCAGAAAGUGUGGCACACAGUGUGAACCAAGAUGAGCUGGACAAUCAGGCCACCGUGCAGAGGCUCCUAGCGCAGCUGAAUGAAACGGAGGCUGCCUUUGAUGAGUUCUGGGCAAAGCAUCAGCAGAAACUGGAGCAGUGCCUGCAGCUGCGGCAUUUUGAGCAGGGUUUCCGGGAGGUCAAAACUUCCUUGGACACCGUGUCCCAGAAGAUAGCCACCUUCACCGAUGUUGGCAACAGCCUAGCACAUGUGCAGCACUUGCUGAAGGACCUCACCAGCUUCGAGGAGAAGUCCAGCGUGGCCGUGGACAGGGCCCGAGCCCUGUCACUAGAAGGCCAGAAGCUCAUUGAGAACAAGCACUAUGCUGUGGACUCCAUUCACCCCAAGUGUGAGGAGCUCCAGCACCUCUGCGACCACUUCACCACCGAGACCUGCAGGAGGAGGGAGCUGCUCAACAAGUCCUUGGAGCUGCACAGCCUCCUGGAGACGUCCAUGAAAUGGUGUGACGAGGGCAUCUUCCUGCUUGCCUCACAACCUGUGGACAAAUGCCAGUCCCAGGAUGGCGCUGAGGCAGCCCUGCAGGAGAUUGAGAAAUUUUUGGAGACCGGUGCAGAAAAUAAGAUCCAGGAGCUCAGUAACAUCUACAAGGAGUACGACUGCAUCCUCAACGAGGACCUGCUGGAACAUGUGCAAAAGGUGUUUCAGAAGCAAGAGAGCAUGCAGGAGAUGUUCCAUCGCAGGCAGGCCAGCCUGAAGAAGCUGGCAGCCAAACAGACAAGGCCCGUGCAGCCAGUGGCUCCCCGGCCAGAGGCACUUACAAAGUCACCCUGCCCCUCCCCAGGUGCCUGGCGAGGAUCUGAGAACUCUAGCUCUGAGGGCAAUGUACUCCGCAGGGGACCCUACAGGAGGGCUAAGAGUGAAAUGAGUGAGACCCGGCAGGGCCGUACCAGCUCCACAGGGGAUGAAGAGGAGAGCCUGGCCAUCCUGCGCAGACAUGUGAUGAACGAGCUCCUGGACACCGAGCGGGCCUACGUAGAUGAGCUGCUCUGCGUCUUGGAGGGCUAUGCUGCAGAGAUGGAUAACCCCCUGAUGGCACACCUCAUCUCAACAGGCCUGCACAACAAGAAGGAUAUUCUGUUUGGAAACAUGGAGGAAAUCUAUCACUUUCAUAACAGGAUAUUCCUUCGGGAGUUGGAGAGCUGCAUAGACUGCCCAGAGCUGGUGGGGAGGUGCUUUUUGGAGAGGAUGGAGGAGUUUCAGAUCUAUGAGAAGUACUGUCAGAACAAGCCGAGGUCUGAGAGUCUGUGGAGACAAUGCUCCGACUGCCCCUUCUUCCAGGAGUGCCAGAAGAAGCUGGACCACAAGCUGAGCCUCGACUCCUACCUGCUGAAACCCGUGCAGAGAAUAACCAAGUACCAGCUGCUGCUCAAGGAGAUGUUGAAAUACAGCAAGAACUGUGAGGGUGCUGAGGACCUGCAGGAGGCACUGAGCUCAAUCCUGGGCAUCCUCAAGGCAGUGAAUGACUCCAUGCAUCUCAUUGCCAUCACCGGCUAUGAUGGGAACCUCGGUGACCUGGGGAAGCUGCUAAUGCAAGGCUCCUUCAGUGUGUGGACAGACCACAAGAAGGGCCACACCAAGGUGAAGGAACUGGCCAGGUUCAAGCCCAUGCAGCGGCACCUGUUCCUGCACGAGAAGGCCGUGCUCUUCUGCAAGAAGAGGGAGGAGAAUGGGGAGGGCUAUGAGAAGGCCCCUUCCUACAGCUACAAGCAGUCCUUGAAUAUGACAGCUGUUGGCAUCACAGAAAAUGUGAAGGGUGAUGCCAAGAAGUUUGAGAUCUGGUACAAUGCAAGAGAGGAGGUAUACAUCAUCCAGGCACCAACUCCUGAGAUUAAAGCAGCGUGGGUGAGCGAGAUUCGGAAGGUGCUGACCAGCCAGCUGCAGGCCUGCCGGGAAGCCAGCCAGCACAGAGUCCUGGAGCAGUCUCAUAGUCUGCCCCUGCCCACACCAUCCACCACCAGUCCCUCCAAAGGGAGCACAAGAAAUGCCAAGAAACUGGAAGAAAGAAAGACAGACCCCCUGAGCCUGGAAGGAUAUGUGGGCUCAUCAUUGCCCAAGGCUCCCGAGAAGGGCAAAGACGACGUGGUCCCUAGCUCUACCUCCGAAAGCUCUGCGCUUUCCAGAAAGCGCUUCACGCUGCAGGGCUUGGCUAACCUCAAAGGUCAGAAAGCCUCUCCGACCAGUCCUGACAAAAAAGCUAAGCGGCAUGAAGUAAAGAGCGACCCGACUCCCUUUGGUUUGCGAGGCUGGAGCAAAACAUCCCACUCGUUGGAGGCUCCUGAGGAGGACGGAGGCUGGUCCAGUGCCGAGGAGCUCAUCAAUUCAUCUGAUGCUGAGGAAGAGAGUGGAGUGGGCCCCAAGAAGCUGGUUCCUGGUAAAUUCACAGUCAUGGUGGACGAUGAAAAAGGGGGCCUUGACACCCUUGCCAUGAAGAGUGGGGACGUGGUAGAGGUGGUAGAGGAAGGCGCCGAGGGCCUCUGGUAUGUUCGUGACCUGACCAGCAGCAAGGAGGGUUGGGUGCCGGCCAGCAGCCUGUCCACCCUCCUGGGUAAAUCCAGCUCAGCCCAGUGUCUAAGCAGCUCAGAGUCAAGCCCGGGGUCAGCCGUGCUGAGCAACUCCUCCAGCUGCAGCGAGGGCUGCCCCACUUCCUUCUCCGACCUCCAGGGGUAGCAGCCAGGCCUCCAUGGGCGGACACUUGAGGCCACCGUGCAGUAGACCAGCAUGCAAAUCUCUAAGUUUUCUUUUGCUUGGGCUUGCUUAGUUCGGGAGGGGAUGGUGCUCCAAGAUCCCUGGAAACAGGAGGACCCUAACAAUCCACGGGCUUCAGCGGACACUGGGGCCUUGGCACCAGGACCUGCUGCACGCGCAGAAGUCAAGAGACAACACUCCAGCAAAACUUCUGUGGGAAAUCCAGAGCAGCCGAGGAGGGGCUGGGGGUGAGCGGACCCUUGGGAGGAAAGUGCGGGACAGCUCUUCCUCGUACAUAAGCAGCCGCCACUGAGGGGCCUUGCCACUGUGUCCUGACCUCUCUGGUUUGGUGCUUUCUGUGGAAAUGCCGUCCUAAAGAAACCACUUCUAACAGGAAUGAACUUAGCUACCAACAGACUAAGGAGGGGAUUGGGGGGACUCUUGUCUUUUAUAUAAGUUUUUGAUUUUUUUUUUUACAAAACAAAAAACAGGGAUUAACCCCAUGGCCAUUUUUUGUGGUACUCUGGCCUCAAAUCUUUACCAAGAAUCACUGUGUUUACAUGAAAUGACAAUUUGAUACUGUAUUUGAUAUAAACUAUUUUUUGUUACUGGGGUUUACAUCAAAGCACGUUGUUUAUACCAGUACAUGAUUUCUGGGGCGUGUUCGCUGAAACCUGGCUCUCCCAUGAGCACACUUGCCACAGGUGAAUAAACACCUGGUAAGUCAUAUGGUUUCUCCACAACCAAAAGCAGCUGGAAAUCACGGAGAUUCCUGCAUCUAUAUAGGUUUCAUUUUCACAAGAAAAUGUGAACUAUGAUUUAGAAAGAUUAACCUUCUUUUCUACAGUAAAAAGGGAACUCUCCUUUUUUUAAAAAAGAGCUUCAUUAAAUUAGGAUAUUUUUAUUAUUUUUAAGGAAAAUGUAAAGAUUCAUGCUGUCAGCCAUCCUUCACCAACACAGGCGUGCGAGAGCAGGACCCCGUUUCCCUCCCCCAGUGCCACCUGCCCCCUGCCAGCAGCAGGAGAGCCUGCAUCAGCACUCAGGGGGCUACUCCAUGGCACAUGGGCAAUGAAUACUCCUGUUUUUCCUUUUGUUGUAUGUGUUUCAAAAAUGAAUUCUGUUCUUUUGACUCUUUCUGUGCCUACUAUGGGCAGAUAUUUUUGUAUGUGUGUGUAUAUAUAUGUUCAAUUGUGUACAUACGGUCCGAAUGUACAGGAUGUAUUUAUGGUCUCAUGCUGCUGAACAUCUGUCACUUUAUGGUCCCUCCCUGUCUCCUCACCCUCCUGCCAUGGGAGGCCACCGAGGCUCAUUCCCCACUGUAGAUCCCAGGUUAAGCACCCCACCCCCACUCCCAUGCUACGGUGUGCAGAGCCAUCACCGGCUGUACCUCCAGAGAAUGAUAAUAAAAGAGAAAACAUGCAAAGACUGGGUAGCUUCUCUUCCGGUGUACACAUUACACGUGGAGCUUAGUCUACGUAAUGUGUUGCUCAGACACCUGAUUCCUUCCAUUUCAGCAUGGGAUUUCCCACUCUGUUUCGUGAUCUCAUCUCAUAAAAGCACUUUAAAAUAUCACAUUUCACUCACUCUUGCUUUUUGUUUCUAGCACUGAUGUAAAUGAAAAUUUAAAACCAGAGCUCUUUAUUGUAUGGAUGAAGUUUGAAUAAAGGUCAGCAAAUCUU